UUCGACAUGACAUUGGCAAAUCACGAACCUCCUCGUAAUCACAAAGCUCCAGACUAUCUGGAUACAAUAGCGCCUCUCGAUCUGGAGACCGCUCAGCAUAUCGAGCAAUCGUCCGCCCGGAUACCCGGCUUCCUCACGGCACUGUUUCCCAACUCUGCUUUCCCUGCGAGGCCACCAUCUAUCUUGGGCGCUCUGGAUGGACAUGACUACAACGUGCAGCAGAAGAAGUGGAUGCACUAUUCUACGCCUACGCUUCAGGCCGACGACGUAGCACGUGCGCGCGCGAUGGCUACCUUCUUGAACGAAAUCUCUCACCAUUGCUACAUUGGCUAUCAACACCUGCGGCUGCCCCGGCCCGACGCGCGCCGCGUCUGGAUGCUCACCGAAAGCAUACGAGUCCUUCCCGACGGCAGCAACGUCCGCGCUGUCGGUGCUGCCCUUGUCAAAGCCGGCACGGAGUCGGUCCAGUGGUCUGACGUGCUUUGCGACGUACAAAUUGCGCAGCAGGCUAGCUCUAUGGAUCAGAUCUUGCAGCAGUUAUCGAGCGGAGCCACCAAUGUGCUCGCCACUCAAGAGGAUAGGCAUUUUCAUGUCGGGGUCGCAAUCGCGGGCGACGAUAUCCAAGUGGCGUACUUUGACCGCGCGGGGCGCGUCACCUCCGGCGCACUCGACAUCCACAGAUACCCCGUCUUCGUUCUCCGUCUCGUUAUGGGCUUGACCGUCAUCGACGAAUCUUUUGGUGGCAAGGACACCUCGAUUGUGACUAGGGGCGGCCACCCCUACGUGACCGUUGGCGGUGCAGAAUACAGGAUAGAGGAGACACUGUCCAGGUUUGGUGAUGUAUGUGGGCGCGGGACGAUCUGCUGGCGUUGCCGACGCCCCGGGAGCGACGAGGAUUACGUCAUCAAGCACUCGUGGGCGGGCACUCAAGAACACUCGACAGAGGGCCAAUUCCUGCGGGAUGCUGAGCGCGUCGCUGGCGUGGUUGACCUCGUUCACGAGGAGGUAGUCGUCCGCUCCAAUGGUCUCCCACAUAACACAGUAUGGCUGCGCGACUUUCUGAAGGGAUCAGAGCGUCUGGCAGUCAUCGGCAACUGUCCUCGUCUCGAGCUUCGUCGGCUUGUUCUACGGACUUGCGGUCGACCUUUGGCCGACUUUUCCUCAAAGGAGGAACUUAUUUCCGCUUUACGCGACGCUGUACAAGCGAGCUACGACCUAUUCGACAUGGUGAACAUCCUCCACUGCGACGUCAACCCGGACAAUAUCAUGCUUCGCCGCCACCCUGACUCUGCCUACCGACGUGGCUUCCUCAUUGAUCUUGACUCUGCGACAUACGUAUCCCCUAGCGAAGGAUUGGCUCCCUUCGGUCAUCUCGCGGGAACACUGUUCUUCAUGGCAAUCGACGUCGUCCAAUACACAUACGCUGUUCAGCAUGCCCCGUGGCACGACCUCGAGUCGUUCCUGUACACCCUCAUGUAUAUCUGCGCGAACUACUCUGAGCCAUCGAACACGCGCCGGCCGAACUUCGACAUCUAUAACUCUCCCCUGGCUCCCUGGUUUGCCGAAGACGCGCACGAUAAAGCCUGCAUCAUGCGCUAUUACAGUGACACUGAGUUCCGCGCGUUCCUCGACAGCGUCUUCGAUCCUUACUUUGACGACCUCAAGGGCCUCGUCUGCGAGCUGCGCGCUCUCAUCACGCGUAGGAAGGGAAGGCCGCCGGUUCGCCACACGCAGGUCCUCGACGUCCUCGAUCGGCAUAUCCGGGCUCGUACGGAGGCAAGAUACGCGAUUACACCCCUCGACAUGCCGACCAUCAUCGACACGCACUUGAAGCGCAAAGGCGGCCUGAAGCGGAAGCGUGAAAGGGCCGCUCCUGCUGCGCCGGCUGCUCCCACCGCAUCGACCCCUCCUCCUUUGCCCGCCUUGCCUAUCGCCACCCCUGCUGCGCCUGCUUCUCCGACCUUCGAUCCACUCGCACCCGCAACUCCCGCCGCCGCUCCACCAGCGCCAUCCACUCCUGUCGCGCCGCCUCCGCGCGUUCCGCCGCCCUCGACCUCGCGAACCAGACCUCCCCCGCGGUCAUGCCCCUCGAGGCCGAUGACCAGAGCCAUGAAGCGGCGGCUUGCUGAAUCGCGUCGAGCCGCGUCGCCCCCCAGCGACGACUCUGAUCGUACGCUAGUGGAUACGACGCCGGAGCGCAAGGGAUCUCGGGUCGACAGUCCUUCGCCGGAGAGGAAGUCGUCGGUCAGUCCUGCACCGGAGAACAGGAGGACGUCGACCCGUCGUAAUAAGAGGUCCGCCUCACCUAGCCCGUCCGCGGAGGAGCCUCCCUUGCGUGCAACACGUGCUUCCAAGCGGCGGAAGGUCGCAUAACGCGCCUCGCGUAUACGUGCUUGGGCUCUUGGUGUGCUAGGGACUCGGUACGCGCCUAUCUGACGUCCGCCGUCGCUGAGGGCUGGCGAUGGAGUUGAUGUGUAUGCGGAGGAUGGCGGAGAGCGCCGCCUGUGUAGGUCCGGUGCCAUGCUCGCUACGGCUGGAGCGCCCGGAAUAUUGUCACAGGCUCGUCGCAUAGCGCCACCCAGUGGACCGCGCCUGUCCCGAAGGAUGCUCCAGCACGGAGAUAACAUAGAAUGGGCGUCCUUAGUAGCGCCGCCCGCGACGACUUGGGCAGCGAAGCGGGCCUGUCGGGCCUUGAGCUUGAAGAAGUUCUUGUUCAAUGUAGCAUACCCUUAUUGUAGAUACCAUCGCGUUUGGACUUGAAUAUUUCUAGAUUGAUUCCUGUGCCCCCGGAG